CGAAGUCAAAGUACCAACUUGGUUCUAAUCCUUUUCUCGUGAACGAGACAUGUAAUGGUAAACCGGUAAGGGUACCAGACUAUAAUGUAGGCUCUCGAAAAUGGCAGGAAUCGAACUUCUUUCCGAUCAAGGGUUUCGCGUUGAUGGACGACGGCCGCAUGAGCUUCGUAAAAUCCAGUGCCGGAUGGGCGUAUUCAGGCAAGCGGACGGGUCAGCCUACAUUGAACAGGGAAACACCAGGGCACUUGCAACGGUUUACGGACCACACGAGGCUACAGGUGGCCGUGUGAAGGCCCAGCAUGACCGUGUGACUGUCAACUGCCAGUACAGCAUGGCUACUUUCAGCACGGGCGAGCGCAAGAAGAGGCCCAUGGGUGACCGCAAGUCCCAAGAAAUGUCCCAGAACUUGCAGAGGACGUUUGAGGCGGCCAUCAUGACCCAGCUCUACCCCCGCUCACAGAUUGACAUUUAUGUGCAGAUUUUGCAGGCAGACGGUGGGAACUAUUGCGCCUGUGUCAAUGCUGCCACGCUGGCCAUCAUCGACGCCGGCAUUCCCAUGAGAGACUACCUGUGUGCCUGCUCAGCAGGCUUUGUCAGUGACACCGCUCUUGUGGACAUCAGCUACCUAGAGGAGUCACUGGGCGGCCCGGAGAUGGUCGUGGCUCUCUUGCCCAAGUCGGAACAGAUUGCGCUGUUCCAGCUAAACUCUCGCCUGCACGCGGACCACUUGUCCAAAGUGCUGGACAUGGCCACCAAAGGCUGCAAGGAUGUCUACACGGUGCUGGACGGGGCAGUCCGGGACCACGUCAGUGAAGUCACAGACAGCAUGGCUCGGAGCUGAAGAUGCACAACCAUCAUGGAAAAAAACCGUUUUCUAAACUAUCACCGAGGGAUAUUUCACAUAGAAAUGAAAGGAGAGUAGUUUGUAUGGUACCAACCACUGUUAUCCUGCUUUGAUGGAAUAAUGGACAGUGCAUGAACAGGCCAUCGUAGCUUCCGACUUUGCCAUGAAGUGUGAAGAGGACAAGGCAAACUCACAUACAUGUACAUGUGCCAGAACUGUGAAAAGAUGAUAGUUGCUUUCCCCCUCAAGAGAUCCACAUAUGUGACCCGCUCUGCAAAAAAGGGUAUUCAGGGAUGCUGUGUUAUUUCACGCUAAGGGCUUUUUAAUGUGGACAGGGUGAUUUUUUACUUCUUGGUUUAUUGGCUUCUAUUAGAUCAAUACUUUCACAAUUCAUACCAGAGACCUAACUGUUGCAAUGGGUUUUAAGAGACUUUCUUCGUGGCUGAUUUCUUUUUCCACUUCUUGUGUUUAAUGGGGUUUUAUCUCUGAAAGGAAUUCUGUUGGCGUGUAUGAUAUGAUCAAAUAUCAAUAUAUCUCCAGAUUGCAAAAUGCCAUCGGGUUCAAACCAACACCAAAUUAAAGCUUAUAAUGCUACUAAUUCAAAUGGGUAUGUAACUCAUUUUGAAAAAAUUUCCCAUAAUACCCAUUUUUGUGGAGCUGGUCACAUAUCUUAUUCUCAGACUCCAAGAACAAUCAGCUAUGCAUUGAAAGAGCGACUUUAGUCUGAAUAAUUCUAGAGCAAGAAUCUGACAAGUUUGCAUUCCUGGGUUGUUUUGGAUCGAUCCUUUGUGAAACUAAUACAAAAGGCUUUAUACCAGAGGAAAUUCUAACGAAAGGAGUAAAUUCUAAUAUCCUUUAUCAUGACGUUAUCAUAGAGAGGCCAUUCUUUGCACAAAUUAUUCCAACAAUUCGGCACUUAUACAUGUAUUUUCAUAGUUCCAAAAGAUACGUUUAUGUGGGUCACAAUUUAUCUGCAUAACUUGAUAAAGAUCGAUUCUUCUCUUUGAAAAGUUCGUGGUAGCAUGUUACAUUGUACCUUUGUAAUGGGCCCAAGUGUACUUGCAUGGUUACAGUUAUAUCCAGGUAACUUUUUAAGUGGGUUUGCUGUGAAGGGUCAAUGCAAUGCAAUGUGUAAAAUAUAUUCCUUUAAAAUGCACUUUAAAAAACCAUCGCUGCUUUCCUUCCACUGUUGCUCCCUUGCAUGUAAUUUCCAUAUUUUUCAUCUCAAUGUGUGCAAACCUGAAGCAUCUUCACACCGGCUCCAUGCACACAGCAGUAGUGGCAUUCAAGUCUUGUAAGUAGGCGCAUAUGGCCCAGUGGUUUGGGUUUGUAGCUUCCGAUUGUCGGGUUGGGGGUUGAAUCCAGCUUGUGAUCUUGGAUCAAGUCACUUUACCCCUACGUGCCUCUCUUCACCCAGGAUUAAUGGGUACCUGUGAGGGCAGACAUGGUUGUGAUGUUUAGCUGUUUGUGCUUUAUAUGGCAGCUUUGGGCUAGUAUGCUCCCCGGGGAGCUGAGACGGUUUCAGGAAUGUUCAGAUGUUGAGCCCAGUGUACAGGGAAAAUUGUAAUAUAUGUCAGCAUCUGUGAAUUACAGAUACUGUGGGCCUUAUAAAUGCUUGGAUGGGGUAGUUGGAAUAGUCUAUUCCACUGCGGUGUCGAUUUUAGUUGUGGUUAUGUUUUAGGUCCGAGACCAGUCAUUCAGGCUUGUUUGAACUACAUGUAAAAGGAUAGAGAGAAUAGUGUCAGCUUCA